GGAAAACAACAUUUUAAAAGAAAAAUCAACAUAGUGCCAAAUAAAACCAAACACAAAAAAAUUUAAACCCACUCCACUACAAGACACACAACCAUCACAAAGAAAACCAAACAAGAAAACAAGGACACACAAUUGAGAAACCACUAUACAAACACUAUCAAAUAUUCGGCCACAUGGACACCAAUUAUGGAUACAGCCUGCUACCUCAACACCAUACAAAAUGUAUGAAAACUCAUUGUCGAAAGCGGUUGUGGUUCCAAUUGUAAUCAAGCUGUAAAAUGUUAAAUUCAUAAAGUUUAUUACAAAUACAAAUUAAACUAAUCUUAAUUUUGUUAUUAAACAUUUUAAAGCAGGUCAACUUUUUGUGAAAACAAAUAUUGUCAAAUAAAAUAUUGUACGAAAAGUGGCAACAAGAAAACACAAAUACAAUUUCAAGACAGAAUCAAACAAGUACCGCUCUCAAAAUAAACAAAUUUUUAAAGAACUUAAAUGCCUUGGAUACCUACAACCGACUUCGAAGAAGAGGUGGUAAAUUUACAACCACAUCAUGACUUCAUAUACGGGGUCCUCUCCGAACCUCAACACAGUAGUUAUCCAAGACCCAAAAACCAUACAGAAUAUGCUGCCAACAAAAAGGUGGAAAGUAAAGAACACAAAAAACCCACCACGAAAAUAAAUGGAAAGUUGCAUGCAAUACAACAAGUACAACGUAUGGCUAGCACCAAACCGGUGGGUGAACAACCCACUAUUGAUGAUUGGGAAAAUAAUAAGAAAAUUGAACAGGAAACAUUUGGUAUGAUGCGUUACUGUGGCAUGGGUGUAAGUGUUGAACAACCUCUAAAUCAAAAAGUAACUAUGGCAACAUUUCCAGUGGAAAAUAAAAUCAAACUAGUGCAGAAUGGUCGUAGAAAAGUGGCUUUGUUUUUUGAUGAUAAUGUUUUUAAAUUAAAGGAAAAGGUGUCGGAUACCUCAUCGGGUUUUGAUAGCUGCAAUAAUAGUAUUUCCAGCGAAUUUAAAAAUGAUCACAAUGAUUCUUUAGCUUCUGUAGCGGAAAAUAGCUGUAAUACAUCUUUUGUUAGCACUACUUCAUCUUUAAAUUCAUUUAGUACUGCCCGAGAUAAUAGUGAGUCUUUUUCCAUUAUUUCGGCUAACAAAACAUCAAAUUCGCUUCAACUUAAAGAUCAACGUUUACAGCAGUAUCAUACAUUACUAGAGGACACGGCUUUGUUAUCCUUGAAUAGUUCUAAUAGCAGUGAGAAACCAUGCACUGAUUCUUUUGAAACUGCCGAAGAUAUACCACGUUGGAAACCAAUUUCAGAUAAUGAAGAAAAUAUCUUUGAUAAGGCGGAAAAUUGGCCGAUUUUAAGUAAUAAUAAAUAUAACAGUCCUGAUCCUGAUAAUUCAUUAAAUAUAACUCAAAGCGAUUUAGCGGAUGAUGUUUCUAGUGUCACCACCAACACCAGUAGCAGCACCAACAGCAAUAGUAGUAAUCAAGCUAAAAGAAUCAACUUUUUAGAUCGUUUUAUUACAUCGGAAAAUUCGGAUGAUUUAAAUACCACUAGAUCCCUCAACCUAUGCAGCUAUAACUAA